CGCUCGCUCUGCCGCUCUCUCAUCCGCCGGACUGAGAGGCUGAAGCAGCCUGAGAAAGGAAACAGAGAGGAGGGGAGAGGAAACGGAGCGACGGAGAUGUCGAGCAUCAACAUGGGGCCGAGAUCGUUGCUGAUGCCGGCGCUCGCGUGGGUCUUCCUGGCCUUCCUGACCGCCGACGUCCGAUGUCUAAACGGCGACGAGGACCAGAACCAGGACACCGAGUGCAAGAUGAAGAGCGUCACCGUGUCGGCGCUGCCGUUUUUGAGGGAAAACGACCUGAGCAUCAUGCACAGCCCGUCGGCCUCCGAGCCCAAGCUGCUGUUCUCCGUCAGAAAUGAUUUCCCCGGAGACGUCGUGGUGGUGGACGACCUGGAGAACACCGAGCUCCCCUUCUUUGUCUUAGAGAUCUCUGGGAACUCAGAGGACAUCCCUCUGGUGCGCUGGCGGCAGCAGUGGCUGGAGAAUGGGACUCUGCUAUUCCACAUCCACCACCAGGAUGGGAGCCUGAACCUGCCAGAACCGACCGAAGACCCAGCAAACGACUCCACCAAGGAGGAGCUCCGCAUCCUGCACAUCUCUGUGAUGGGCGGGAUGAUAGCCCUCCUGCUGUCCAUCCUGUGCCUGGUCCUGAUCCUGUACACUCGCAGGCGCUGGUGCAAGCGCCGCCGCAUCCCUCAGCCCCAGAAGAGCGCCAGCGCCGAGGCGGCUAAUGAGAUCCACUACAUCCCGUCAGUGCUGAUGGGAGGACAGGCCCGAGAGAGCUUGAGGAAUUCCCGGGGUCAGGGGCCAAACUCCAGCGGCACCCUGAGCAUCCGAGAGACGCCAAUUUUGGAUGGGUAUGAGUACGACAUCACCGACCUGCGUCACCAUCUGCAGCGGGAGUGUAUGAAUGGUGGGGAGGAAUUUUCCAGCCAAGUCACCCGUACGCUGGACUCCCUCCAGGGCUGUAAUGACAAGAAUAAUAUGGACCUUACACCUGUGAGUGACAACACCAAGUUGGCUCUUAUGAACAAGUACAAGGACAACAUCAUCGCCACAAGUCCCAUCGACAGCAACCACCAGCAGAACACUCUGCUUCCACACAACACUUCCACCAGCCAACGCAAGCGUCUCUCCAGUAACACCCGCGCGGGUUCAACUUUCUUGAACCCAGACGGGGAUUCUGGGACGGAGGCAGACAGCGAGCCUCAGCUGGCCUUUUACACCGACCCAAACCGCAGCCGCCGCCGGAGUCGAGGUAUGAGAAAUGGUAACGCCAACAGCGCGUGGGGCUCAGGGGCAGGUUCCCCGCGGAGCCCCAUCAAUAAGACCACCCUGACUCUGAUCAGUGUCAUCAGCUGCGUGAUCGGCCUGGUUUACUCCUCGCACCUCUCCUGCAGCCUCUCGGUCCGCGUGAUUUUACACGUGCCGGAGCACCUCAUCGCCGACGGAUCAAGGUUCAUUUUGCUGCAGGGUAGCCAGUUGGAUGCCUCGGACUGGCUCAACCCGGCCCAGAUCUUGUUGUUUUACCAGCAGAAUGCCAGCGGGCCUUGGGUCAAUGAGCUGUGUGGACGACGCCUCCUGGAUCCCUGCGAGCAUCAGUGUGAACCUGAGUCAGGAGAAUGCCUUUGCUUAGAUGGCUACAUGAAGGACCCGGUCCACAAGCACCUCUGCAUCCGCAGUGAGUGGGGGCCCAAUCAGGGUCCCUGGCCUUACACCAUCUUCCAGCGCGGUUUUGAUCUUGUGAUGGGAGAACAACCCUCUGAUCGCAUUUUCAGAUUCACGUACACCCUAGGAGAAGGUAUGUGGCUGCCUCUGAGUAAAAGCUUUGUCAUCCCCCCCGCCGAGCUCGCCAUCAACCCGUCAGCCAAAUGCAAGACAGACAUGACAGUCAUGGAGGAUGCGGUAGAUGUGAGAGAGGAGUUAAUGAUCAGUUCAUCCUUCGACUCGUUGGAGGUUCUCCUGGACUCUUUUGGACCAGUCAGAGACUGCACCAAAGACAACGGAGGCUGCAGCCGCAACUUCCGCUGCAUAUCUGACCGAAAGCUUGAUUCCACUGGUUGUGUGUGCCCUCCAGGGCUGAGCCCUAUGAAGGAUGGGACUGGGUGCUACGACCACCACAUCGGCAUCGACUGCUCUGACGGUUUCAAUGGAGGAUGUGAGCAGCUGUGUCUCCAGCAGCUGGCCCCCCUAGAGGAAGACCCAACUCUCUACAACAUCCAGAUGUUCUGUGGGUGCAUCGACGACUAUAAGCGUGGUCCUGAUGGGCGGUCGUGCCUUCCGCUGUCGGAGCCCUGCACCGAGGGGAUCGACUGCGGGGAAGCAGCGGACAUCCCUGCCAACCAGACUGUGUUUGGAGACCUUUUCUACGGGUACAACAACCACACCAAAGAGAGCACCCCCGGACAGAUCCUCAAGGCCACGUUCAGGCAUAAGAACUUUGCCCGAGGCAUUGAGCAGCAGCUCCCAGAUGGCAUGGUGGUGGCUUCGGUGCCAACGGAGGUCCAGUGCCACGAGGAGCUGUCAGACCCCGUGCCCGACCCAGAAUACCUCACGGGUAUGGUGAACUACAGUGAAGUCACCGGCUACCCUCUCGUUCAGCACUGGAGUCUUCGCUCCGUGCUCUAUCACGUCAAACUCAAUCAGUGGGUCCUCUCUCAAGCUUUCAGCUCGGCCAUCCAUUCUCUGGAUGGUGCGACACAGCGGAGCGACUUUGUUUCCAUCCUCAGGGAGUUUGGGAACCACUUUGUGCAGGAGGCGGUGUACGGCUUCCAGGAGUCCUGCACCAUCUGGUACCCCAACAAACAGGUCCAGAGACAGCUGUGGCUGGAGUACCAGGACAUCAGCAAAGGUAACUCACCUUCAGAGGAGUCUGAAGAGCGCGACAAGGAGCCCAGGACGCUGACCUACCCGGCAUACAUUGCCAGUCUGCUGGACACUGGUGCUAAACGCAUGGCAGCCGGCGUUCGCAUGGACUGCACCAGCCAGGGCCAGUGCCCACGGUCCUGCCACCUCUGUCACAUGAGCCCGAGGGCAGCACAAGGGCGGCAGCAGUCCGAACCUGUCCUGCUACAAAUCACCAAGGCAGCUCCCAUCUUUGAGCUGGUAUCCAACAAUGAGACCUACCAGGCACUUCAGGAGGCAAUGAUGAGCAUGCUGUGGUGUUCAGGCAAAGGCGACGUUAUCGAUGACUGGUGUCGAUGCGAUUCCAGCGCAUUUGGCACAGAUGGACUGCCCACUUGUGCCCCACUUCCUCAACCUAUGCUGAAACUGUCUUACACCUACGAACCCAGCAGCUCAUUGGUCAUCAUGGAGUGGAACCACACCGAGCCUCCAAUCGGUGUGCGAAUUGUCGAUUACCUCAUCAGCCAGGAGAAGGUGACAGAGAGGACCGACCAUUCUAAAGUUGAAACAGAAACCCUUUUGAGCUUCGUGGAUGACAUCUUGUCUGGGGCCAGGUCUCCUUGCGUGAUGUUAGGGGACAUACCCAACCUGCUGUCCUCCUCCAUCAGCAUGAUCAUUCGUUGCCUGGAGCCCGACACCACGUACAUGUUCCGGCUCUGGGCUGUAGACAACACGGGACGACGCUCCAGUCCAAGUGAGGUCACCAUCAAAACCCCGUGUCCAACCGUGGAUGACGUCAAAGCACAAGAAAUCGCGGAUAAAAUCUACAACCUGUUCAAUGGCUACACCAGUGGGAAGGAGCAGCAGACGGCCUACAACACUCUGAUGGACCUGGGCGCUCCCACACUGCACCGUGUGCUUUACCACUACAACCAGCGCUACGAGAGCUUUGGAGAAUUCACCUGGAGGUGCGAGGACGAGCUGGGACCCAGGAAGGCCGGCCUCAUCCUCUCCCAGCUGGAUGAACUGUCUCCGUGGUGUAAGGGUCUCCUUCAGGAGCCAAAGAUCGGCCUUCGCAGGAUGUCCCUCAAGUUCCUGUCCUGCCGGUACACCGACACCAAGGCCUUUGGGCUGAACUGGUCAGACAUGGGUCAGGACGUACACAAGGCCUGUGACGAGCAGACGCUCACCGUCAUGUAUAAUGACUACGGUGAGCCCAAGGAGCUCUAAACGUUUGGGCUUACGGAUGUGGACGGAGAUUUGUCAAAUCCAACAAGGAAAGGAAGAAAAUUGAGGUUUUCUAUUUAUUUCUGUAACCUACAGUAUAUAUGUCUCACAUGCAGAUAUGAUACAUUCAUUGGAAUGCUUUUUUAUUCAGCUAAAUUACUGGCGCCAGAACCAAAUAUAUUUAGUCAUCUAAAAUACUGGAGCAGUGUUAAUUUGUACCUAUUUUCCAUACUUAGGGUUAGGGUUAGGCUGCUGAAGUCUGCAAGUAUACAAUAGCAACAUAAAUCAAGAUUUGUUUCUUUAAAAUAGAUUUUCUCUUUUGAACAUAAGCUUUGGGAUUGGUUUGAUGUAAAGUACCUGUAGACACAGACUAAAUUGUUUGCUUUCCUUGCAGCCAAGGCUAUCUUGUUGUUUGAUUAAAGCACAUGUGAGGUUGUGUCAGAUUGUGCAAUUUAAUGUGAAAUAUUGCAGGGCAUGGCAGGACUCACUUAAAAAGCAUGUAAACCCACUCUGUUCACUACUAUAUUUACAGGGUCACUUUUUGAACAACACGAGGCCCGCAAGCUUUUCCAGUUUUAAAGUUUCAGUGCGAUGUUGCAAAAAUCCACACAGUUGCUUUUCAGUGUCUGAACAUGGCGAGAGCUAAAUGUGAGAACAUGCAUUUUAAUUCACUAUUUUUUUUUUUUUUUUAGUUGGAUUUGACAAUCUCCAUUUUAACCCUUUGAUACAGAAACAAAACACCUAUGUACACUCGGUUGCUUAAGUUUGGGUUAAGGUGAUACCUGGUUUCAUUCAGGUUCGAUAUUCAGUCUGAUCUGAGACAUAAAGGCUAGCACAUGUUCCUCUGGGCCCACUGAAAUCCAGACUUCAUCAUAUCUUCGAGCAUCUUGGUGAACAGUUGCAUAAGGCAACUCCUGAUGGCCAUAUAACAGAUACAGUUAGUUGCUCCUUUGGCUUGAUUUCCAACCUAAAGACAGAUUUUUUUUAAAGUUCACAUGAAUAAUGUACUCCUCGUCCAAGAAUCUGCAUCUUGUAAAGAUUUUCCAGUUAAAACCCGUCGUAGCUGCAGUUUCACUGGCACAUUGCAACCACCGUUAUAUAUAAAUGUUUUACUGCUUCACAGCUUCCGAUGCCGAUGCUAUGAAUUACUGCAGCACUCAAAGCAAGUAACACCUCUUCAGCUGCGAACAGUUCUAGUAGAGUUUCCAGCUAUCACUUCUCUUUGCACACAUUUUCAUUAAAAUUGGCUUAAGGAAGCAAGUAGUGACACACCAUUUUCCUUAUUUUGAAAACCUGAUGCGACAUAUUAAAGGAAUCGUUAUGUAGCAGCACCGGAAGAAAGCCAGUGUUUUACAAAGUUCUGUGUGCUCCUAAAGAAAGAAGUAGCAUGAUGGCAGAUGGAGCUUUACUGGAAAAAAUAAAUAUAGAAAGGUAACUAUGUAGAUAAAAAGGGAUGGUCUGGUGGGAUGAGCCAUGUACAUAGCGCUACCAUAAUGUUUUAGUGAUAUAACCUGCUGAAUGUAGUCUUGAUAGUUUGCAUUUAGAAAUGAAGUUGUUGUAAAGGAGUUGUAUUAAGUAACCGAAUCACAGAGAUACUGGUUUGUUUGUUAUCUCUUGGUGUUCAGUGAAACCGGACAAAACCGAUGACUGGCAGUAUUUUUCUUUAUCAUAUCCAGUUCAUAUGAAAUGAAACAACAUCUUAAUGUUUUCAGCUGUUUAAACUUUGGAAUAAUAAACCUCGGAGUAACACGUCCUUACUGAGGUCUUUAUGAAAUCUCCUCGACUCCAGCUUGUUUAUUGUGAGUAUAUUUUAUAGCGUUUAUUUGACUUUCUUUUUUAUUCCAUCUGUGUGCAGUGGCCGUGUAGGAGAUUGAUGUCAAAGAAAUGUACAUGUACAUUAGAUGUUCAUUUUUAACAAAUGUCAUAUGUGAAUACUAAAGAAAGAACGCUUGUAGAUUUUUGUAUAGGCAGCAAAGUGUUUCAUAAAGGCAUCUCAUCAUAGCGCA